UAAAAAUGAAAACAUUUGUGGCCCUUCUGGCAUUAAGUUCUGUUGUUUCGGCAAAAAUUACGCAGAAAUAUAUCGGAAAAUUAAGUACCCUGCAGCAUGACGUAUCUGGAGAUGUCUACGCCAAGGAUGAAAACACAUUAGUUAUUGAAAACUUUAAGUAUGAUGGAGCUGGUCCUGAUGCCUUCUUCUGGGUUGGUAAGACUGGAACCCCCGCCGCCACCGACACCGCCAUGACCCUCAUCCUCGCCCACCCAUACGAGGUGAGUGACGUCAAGUGGUUGUCCAUCUGGUGCAGGAAAUUUUCCGUGGAUUUUGGAAACACUAUGUUCCCUGAGGACCUCGUGUUUGAUGACGAAGAUGAUGUCCCAAGUCCCCUUGCUCCUGAGGAUGAUGAACACAGCCAGGAUUGGAACCAUGUUGACAACCAUGUUGAUCCUCAGGCUGAACCUGAGCCUGACUCUGAGCCCGAGCCCUACAGCGCUAGCUCCGUCCUUAGCCUUGCUCUCCCAACCCUCUUGGUUGCCCUCCUAGCCAAGCUCAUGUAA